AUGCAGGCUCGGUUGAAGCGGGAGAGGGAGGAGGACGACCAAUGUGCAGUGAUCAAGGUGGCUCGGGACGAGGACUUGCAGCAGCAGAUUGGCCGAAACGUCUAUCUCAAUCUGGCGGACCAUGGGCUAGUGAGGAGUUUUCGAGUGCAGAAGCAGAUGCGAUUCACAGACUUCAAAAAGGAGGUGGAGAAGGAGAUGACAAUUCCGGUCGACAGGCAGCGGUUCUGGGUCUGGGGCAAGAGGCGGAGCGAUAUGGAUCGCCCAAGCCAGCAACUCAGUGCAGAGGAGGAGGUUAUGACGGUGGGAACGUUGAAGGGGAACACCCCAGACCUCCGCCUGUUUCUGGAAGACACUCCCCCUCCCACCCCUGACUUGCCCGAAAGGGCCAAGGAUGACAUUCUUCUCUUCGUCAAGCUUUACGAUCCGUCGCACGACACCAUUAGCCCACUUGGUCACUUUCUUCAUCUCUCCCUCUCCCUCCCCCCUUCCCAUCUCCCCCCCCCCCCCUGUUCCCAUCUCCCCAUCUUCCCCUCUCCCCCUCUCUCAACCUUCCCUCAUCUGUACCCUUGA